AUGCCGAAGUCGAAAAAAGGCACAGAGGAGUCUUCGACCACUCCAUCAGGUUCAAGCCAGCCUGUCGAAUCAUCAAAGUCGAACAAGAAAUCUUCACCUUCCUCCUCCAAAAAGAACUCGGAUAUCAUUUCAUAUAAAAUAAGGAUGCUCGAUAGUGAUCAACCGCCGUUAGAAAUCUCCAUUUCGAAAAAUGACAAUGGCCAGGUAUUGUUUAACAAGGUUUGCGAUGAGCUGGGAGGAAUCGUUGAACGCGAUUACUUUGGCCUAAGAUUCAUGGAUAAGCAUAACCAGAGACAAUGGUUGGACCUUGGUGUAAACGUCAAAAAACAGAUGACUGGGUCACACUCGUCUGCAUUGAGUUUUCGUGUUAAGCAUUAUCCAGGAAACCCAAUAUCAGAUUUUCACCAGGAGAUUUCCCAGUACCUUCUUUAUCUUCAAAUUCGCCGUGAUCUCGUACAGGGUCGCUUGCUCUGCCCUCUGAGUGAACUGUACACCCUUGGAGCACUCAUUCUCCAGUGUAGGCUAUUGUUCCUUGCUGUGUCUUCUGGUUGUUUCCAAGUCACCGAAUAUGGUGAUGCUCCAUCUGCUGAUGAUGGUGAACUCAAUGGAUCACCUCCAUCUGCGGAAGACCAAUGUGCUAUGGACCCUGAUAUCUACUUUAAGAACUUUAAAAUUGUCUUCAAUCAAACUAGAAAGAUUGAGUCUGAAAUCUUGAAUCGAUACGUAACUCUUCGUGGCCUCACAGCCAGAGAUGCUGAAGUUGAAGUAUUAAAACGUGCCUCGAAGUUGCCGACUUACGGCGUUGAUCCCUUCCCGGUGAAAAUCAUAACCAAAGAAAAGUCGUCGAAGAAGCCCGGCCAGAAGACAUCGGAUGCCGCGAGCGCCAAAACCGCACCGACAGGCGACGUGAACGCCAACGCGCUGCCGCCCCAAGACGGUCAGUCGGCCCAAACCUCCCCACCUGCGCCCUCUGGAUCCGUCUACCUCGGCCUACGUCACACCGGCCUCACCACUUACGUGGGCCUCCAGCCCAGUGAGAAUUUCGACUGGGAUACCAUUGGACGUCUGGCGUGCGACGGCAGAGAUUUCAUCGUCUACUUGAAGCCUGAUUCGUUGAAGCCGCGAGUGGUGACGUUCAGGUGUGAGAGCAAGGCCGCCGCGUUGGCGUUGUGGAAGUGGACAGUGGAUCGUAAGAGCUUCUUCACAUUAAAGAAAGCCAGUGAGGCGAAGGUCACCAAGACGUCGAACAGCUUCUUCCGCCGAAGUCACUCCUACCGAUUCAUCGGCAAAUCCCAGAUGGAAUUGAAGUCUAUAACAAACUCGGCGGAGUCGCUUCCACAACCAGCCUUCGUAAGGGUCUCCAGUCUGCGACGCAGUCCACGGAGCCACGAUGGUGACUUCGACGCCCCUUCAGCCCGCGCCACCCUCCCAGCUCGCAUUCGCUCCAGCAACGCCACUGACUCCGCCGUCUUGCCCGCCACCGACCCAGCGAAGCGACCACCUUCACCACCACUGCCAGAGGUAGUGGAGGCGGAAACAGAACUCGACGAACCACCGCACGAAGUCGCGGAAGAGGGCAGAGCGGUGGAGAAGGAGGAAGAACACGUGUCGGUAGAAACGCCGAGCGACAUCGCCGCACUUCAAGCGGCGGAGGUGCCCGAGGCUGAGACCACCCUCUCCACGGUGAACGAACAGGCCGGAGAUGCGGCAGCAACGAGCGACAAUGCUGUCAUGAAUGUCGCCAACGAUCUUCGCGCUCUCCAACCCGACGAGGCUGACACGCCAAUCAAACCAGUUCAAUCCGCCGCCGUCGCGGCAUGCCCUCCAACGACGUCCGCGCCUGUUUCAGCCGAUUCAGUGGAUGCCGACGUCAAUGAAGCUGACGAGACGUCUGAAGUGCGCCUUCGACCAAACCACACCGCCUCAGGUUCCGCCGACCGCGACUCGGACUGCCUGCGAGCGGUGAAAGAGAUCGACCAGGUGAUCGACUCGGUGCACCAAGCCAACGGCCACCAGAAACAGCCGCUGCCCAAUGGCGAGAUGUCUCGCGAGCGCCUCUUCGACACGAAGCCGUCCAACAGGACCCUGGUCUACGCGAUGGAGGCGGCCGCCGUCUUUGGUCUGGUCUGCUUCGGCGUCCUCGUAGCCGCUCUCGAGACUCAUCCGGUCACGGACCCGGGUAGGCAGGUGAACUUCUGGACGAGGCUAGCAAUGCAGCUCCGUGGCCAGCCCUUCGUCGCCUCCUUCAACGAGUACAUCUACGCCCCGCUUCGAGGCUUCUUAGUCGUCCUCCUCGUUCUGACAGACUCGAGUUCUGGUUUGUGCGCGCGCGCGCCCGCGCGCUUGUUUGUGUGUGUAUGGCGGCUUUCCGGUGCACACUCACACAUCCGUGGACGCACGCCAUUGUCUUACAGAAUCACCCUUCCCCCGGCUGCGCCCUCCUCCUCCUUCUCCCCCUCCCUCCUCCCUAUCCCUCCAAAACGACAAGCGACUGUUAAACUAUACUUCACUUUCCUCAACUUCACCGCGCGACUACCCCAGUCUGCUUCCAAAACAGGGUGUGAGGAGAAGGAGGAGGAGGAAGAAGAGAGGGAUCUACCGAUUGCUUUAGCAAGCUCCUUUUCGAUCAAUAAGAGCGACUAA